UGAGAUGAUAACGAUUUUCAGACUUGGAAGAUAAAACAGUGAGUAUCAAAGUACCAACUAACUAUGAACAGCUUCAGUUGAAAACCCUACGUGUUAGGGCACAGAUUAACAGAGAAACCUUCCGACGUAACCGGUUUGCCAUGGAGAUGGGGUGCAUGUGGAUGAGACGCAUCCGGUUGAGACCCAACUCUCUCAUCACUGUCACCCCUCCGAUUGCCGCCUCCUUUUCCUCUCCUGCUUUCAGAGAACCCAUGUUCUACAUUUUCCGGAAACGACAACCUUAUCUCAUUCACUUUCUCCGAACCCACCGUCGUUCGCUUACGACCGCCGCUCUUUCACCUUCAGGCCCUCUUGCUCCUUUCGACUGCGCAGGGGGAGUUGACAUUGCUGAAACUUCAAACAAGAGCUCGAAGGUUCUUCUUAAGGGAAUGGAUUACUCUGAACUCGAGAAAUGGGUUCAAUCACAUGGUUAUAGGCCUGGUCAAGCAUUAAUGCUAUGGAAACGCUUAUAUGGGGACAAUAUUUGGGCGCAACACAUUAAUGAGUUAGAAGGUUUGAACAAGGAUUUUAAGUGCAUGUUGAGUGAAAAUGCUGAGUUCAAUGCGUUAUCUUUGAAAGAAAUACUGACAGCAUCCGAUGGAACUAAGAAGAUUUUAUUCAAGUUGGAAGAUGGUUUAAUAAUAGAGACUGUUGUAAUACCUAGUGAUAGUGGCCGUAACACUGUCUGUGUUUCAAGUCAAGUGGGCUGUGCCAUGAAUUGUCAGUUCUGCUUUACUGGCAGGAUGGGUUUAACAAGACAUCUAACUGCAGCUGAGAUAGUUGAGCAGGCAGUAUUUGCAAGGCGCCUGCUCACCGGCGAAGUUGGUUCAAUUACAAAUGUUGUAUUUAUGGGAAUGGGAGAACCGUUUCACAAUAUUGACAAUGUCAUCAAAGCUUCAGACAUUAUGGUGCACGAUCAGGGGCUGCAAUUCAGUCCUCGCAAGGUCACUGUUUCAACUAGUGGGCUUGUCCCACAGUUGAGACGGUUCCUCAAAGAGUCGAAGUGUGCUUUAGCUGUUAGUUUGAAUGCCACAACUGAUGAGGUUAGGAACUGGAUUAUGCCAAUCAACAGGAAGUAUAAAUUGGACUUGCUUCUCCAGACCCUUAGGGAGGAACUUCGCUUUAAACAUAAAUAUAAAGUUCUAUUUGAAUAUGUAAUGCUUGCCGGUGUUAAUGACAGCAUGGAGGAUGCUAAGAGGCUAGUUGAUCUUGUUCAGGGCAUUCCAUGCAAAAUCAAUCUCAUCUCAUUCAAUCCUCAUAGUGGAUCCCAAUUCAAACCAACUAGCGAGGAGAAAAUGAUUGAGUUCCGAAAUUUUUUGGCUGAAGCUGGAUGUAUUGUGUUGUUGCGGCCUAGUAGAGGUGAUGAUCAGAUGGCUGCCUGCGGUCAGCUUGGUAAGCCUGGUCCUGUUCGGGCUCCUGUACUCCGUGUGCCUGAGAAGUUUCGAACAGCCUUAGAAGUUUCUGCAUGAUUCUUAGGACAACUAUGGCGUCAAAAAGGACAACUAUGGCGUCAAAAGUAAAACCGAAUCCUGUUAGUGAAUUUUGAAAAAUGUUUUCAAGUCUUGGAGCUUUCUACCUGGUUUGCACAUGGACAACCUGGAGACACUAGCCGUUUGGUACUGUCAUGGUUUACUGACCUAAUUCAUAGUUGCUUCCAAAUUAAGUACCCUAUAUAUAUAUAUAAAUCAUUUGAAUAACAUAGAUCAAAUGUAUAGUUUUGACGUAACGUGUCUUUUUGACAUUAGUCUUCCUAGAGAAGCAUCGAAACCUGUGUGGGGUUUUUGUACUUACCAGUUAGGCUAGCUGCUGAGCAAUUUAGUAGAAUUGGGCCCUUUAAAGUACAAGGAGAAAAGUUAUAAUGAUGUGAUUGAAUAGUAGAGCUUUCUUAAAAACAAUUUUGCUGCAAUGGGUUGGUAAAAAUUUCAGGAAGGGGGCUACCCUCUUUGCUUAGGAGAAGUAAGCUAAAACGGUGAGCUUUGACCCAUAGAAUACCGUUGAAGAUGAGUUCAACCAACAUUGUUGUAAUCUAGAUUGUAAAUAGAACCCAUUAAUGCGACGAUAUUUCUUUAUUCGACACGAUACUUUAAACAAAUAAUAUAUAUGUUUCAUUAUAAGUUAUGUUA